AUGGAGGGUGAAGACGGAGGUAUGGGAAGCCCUGAGAAAGAAGAUUAUGAGAGCAGUUCUCAUUCCACACCUCAAGAACACAGAUCUUUCGCUGAAUUUGCGAAAGAUAAGUUGGACAGUGCCGGCCGUGAACUUCGCCGCCGCCUUCCUAUGGCAGGACAGCUUGGAGCUCACUUGAUGCAUCCUAGACGCUUGCUCUUGCACUCCACACCCACACAACAUACAGAUGUUGUUUUGAUAUUUCCUAAAGGUCUCCCAGACAGCAUGUUGCUCUGGCUACUCCAGAAGUUGCGAGGAAGUCGGCCGAAGUUGCGUGUGUGUGUGCGACAACAUGCCUCUUCACAAUGCUCUGCGUUCUACAUCACCGCUGACGACGAUGUAUUACUCCAAACUGCUGAAGAGAUGCAUCUACCCAAGUUGUUGAAGCCAGAGUUCGGCGGCGGAUACAAGGAGUUCACAGUCCGAGAUAUGCAUUGUUUUCAAAAGAGUUCAACCGCAUCGGAACUGUUGAACUCUCAAGAGCGAGCAGCUUUAGUAAAACAUGUAUUGGAGUCAGCACGCGCUGAACCAGGUGAUGAACACGCCUUAGAACCCGCUCUUACAUUGAGACCUGGACAAAGCAUUGUACCAGCAUGCGUGAGCAGAGGUGUCGUGGCGAAUAUGUUUCCUUUACAUGAAAGAAGCGCCUUGGAGAGCCUUAGAAAGAAGUGGGUGAAGACCUUGUUCUCUCCUCAACCUUUAGAUGAGAUAAGUGAAUAUUUUGGUGUUAAAAUAGCAAUGUACUUUGCCUGGUUAGGGCAUUACACGCAAUCAUUGACAAUACCAGCCGCCGUAGGUUUCAUAUUUUGGAUUUGGCUCGGUACAGCAAAUGAUAAUUGGAAGGAUAUAGCUUAUGUGUUGUUUUCUCUCUUUAAUGUGCUGUGGGCGUGCGUCUAUUUAGAAACAUGGAAAAGGUACUCAAAUGUACUAGCAUAUAAAUGGGGCACCUUGGAUCAACGAGAUGAGUUACUAGUAGAACCGAGACCGCUUUUCCAGGGCGAGAUGAGCACGAGCGCGGUGACGGGGCGGCCGGAGCCGCAGUACGCGGCGUGGCGACGGCGCGCGUGGCGCCACACCGUGUCGUUCCCGGUCAUGCUGCUGUGUCUCAGCGUCGCCGCCGCCGCCACCUGCGCCUUCCUCAGGGCCCAGGAUUGGUGGGACACAAACAUAGUAUAUUUCACGUGGAUACCACGCGCAUUCCUCGCUAUUAUAAUAGCGGUCGAAGAGGAGGUCUACGCGAGAAUAGCCAGGUGGCUCAACGAUAAAGAGAACUAUCGACUCGAGACAAAGUAUGAGAAUCACCUGAUUGUGAAAAUAGCAUUGUUUCAGUUCGUAAACUCAUUUAUGAGUUUAUUCUACAUAGCAUUCUACCUUCAGGAUAUGGAUAAAUUAAAAGAGCAAUUAGCAGUGUUAUUAAUAACAAGACAAGUGAUCGGUAAUCUUAAAGAAUCCGCCUUGCCAUACGUGAUUGAGAACUUGAGAUUGGCGAAGAUAUGUGUUGAUGUGUUCGGCGCUAUCAGUCCCAGCAAAAUACCAACAUCAGCACAACUGACAGAAAUGUUUGAGAAGAAGACAAAUUCUAGUGGAGAACCACCAGAGAAUAGUUUGGUCAAUGGUACCGCUGAAAAAGAUGACCGCCGUGAUUCGGAGCCUCUUGUCGGACAGAAGGUCAUACAUCAAGCGGAGUUAGAGUCACAACUUUUCAAGUACGAGGGCACGUUCGCGGAGUACCUGGAGAUGCUGACGCAGCUGGGCCACGUGGUGCUGUUCUCGUCGGCCUUCCCGCUGGCGGCGCUGUGCGCGCUGGUCAACAACGCGGCCGAGGUGCGCGCCGACGCCUUCAAGCUGUGCCACGUGGCGCAGCGCCCCUUCGGCGAGCGCGUCAAGAGCAUCGGCAGCUGGCAGCACGCGAUGGAAGCAAUGGUGGGUGUGGCGGUGCUGGUGAACUGCGCGCUCAUCGGGCUGUCGGGGCCCGUGCACCGCCUGCUGCCGGACGCCACGCCCGCACAGACCGUACUCGUCAUCGUCGCUUUGGAGCAUGUGGUACUGGUGAUAGUUCUGGCAUUAAGAAUCGCGAUCCCAGAAAUCCCGACGUGGCUAGCUACAGAAAUGGCCAAGGUUGAAUUCCAGAGGCGAGAAGCUAUCAAGAAUGCUCAUGCGCCACUCAUGUCGGAGUGUCCGAGCCAAGACGAUGUGAGGCCUUCUGCCCGCACCACUCCCCGUACCAUCACUCCAACUACACCGAAACAAAAUGACAAAUCGACUAAUGCUCUCAACGACAAAAAGAAGAUAUUCGUUGGCAAAAUACCAGAAAUACCACCGUUCAGUUAA